AUGGAAGUUGUAACAAAACCGAAGCGAAAGCAGACUACUCAUUGUGUUGCAAAUCUAAAAGGAGCUUCACAACCAUCGAUAUGUCAACAAGUAUCACUUGCAUCACCCAUAGAUAGGGCUCUCAAGAAAAUAAAAUUUGGUGAUUAUGAAAUCAAAAGGACAACUGUUGGUCCUCACACUGGACAAUCAUGUUUGAGGUAUUAUUUUAACUACAAGAAGUGCGGAAGACUUCAACAUGUGAUGAUCUACAAGAAUGGUGAAUGGUUGGACUAUCCAAGAGAUGUCAUUGACUUGGUUAAGAAAGAGUUAGAAAUAAAAAAGUUUGUUGUGGAAAUAGAGUUAAAUGGAUGUGAUUAUAUGCUAGACUUUUUACACAUGUGUCAGGUGGACUUGAAAACAGGUUUCCAACAACCCAUUGCUUGGAUUAAUGAGGCAGGGGACUGCUUUUUUCCUGAAGUUUAUGCUACUUCCGAUGAAGAAUAUUGGAACUUAUUUGAACAAGAGGGUAUCGAGUUAGGCAUUGACAUCCAAGUGAAUGAGGUUGAUAAAUCCAAGCUAGGGAAAUGUCAAGGGGAGUCUAGUGGUUUAAUUAGGGAUACUCAAAUCCAAGUGGCUUACAAUGAAUACGUACAAGGAAAAUUAAAUUUGGUUUCAGUACAAGAUAUGCUCCUUAAUGGUAUGAGUGGUUUUGACAAUAUUGAUAUUGAGAUAGUUGAGAUAUAUCGUUGUUCAGGUGCAUCAAUGCAAGCACGAUUAAAGCUAUUCCAGACGCAAUCUGAAAUUAUAAGAAAAAAUCACGGGGAUCCUAAUGUUCGAUAUGCUUGGAUACCUUUUUCUAAAAGAGAAUUAUCUACAAUGAUGGAUUACGGACUUGGGCAUUGUGUUAUGUGUAAAAAAAAUAAAUUCACAUACAAUGUUGGUGUUCAUCUUGCAGCUGUUACCUGCCCUUAUGCCAGUGCUCGUUAUUGUGAUAUUGAUGAAAGUGGUGUUCGACAUAUGGUCCUUUGUCGUGUAAUAAUGGGGAACAUGAAAGUUCUUCAUCCUAGAAUUUGCAGUGACGCUGGUCAUUUUCAAACUAGCAGCUCCAAAUAUGAUAAUGGGGUAGUUGAUGACAUCCAAUGCCCAAGACAUUAUAUAGUAUGGAAUACAAAUAUAAAUACACACAUUUAUCCAGAAUUUGUUGUUAGUUUCAAGGUCUCUAAUGAUGCAGAAGGCCAUUUUUGUGGAACUAUGGAAGAGAAUAAUGAAUUUGGUGUGAAUUCUUCUAUGACUAAUUUGGCUAGGCGUAGUUCUGGUGACAUGUUACAGUCAGUAUCUUUAGUGAAUAAUGGAAUAUCUCCUAAUGGGGUUAUUAGCACCCCAAAAAUUCCAAAAACUCCUUGGCUUCCUUUUCCUGUACUUAUUGUUGCUAUAGGUGACAAGGUUCCUGCCAAUGCUAUGAGUCUUAUCCGAGCACAUUAUGAACUAUACAAGGCAAAACGAAUUUCCCGUGAUGAUUUUGUAACGGAGCUGAGGUUGAUAGUUGGAGAUACCAUAUUGAGAACUACAAUAGCAAGUCUUCAAUUCAAGAUACCAUCAAACGGCAAGUUGGAAGGCUCAAACCGAAAAGAAUGUUGA